AUGGAAGAAAAAUGGCGUCCGGUGCUUGGUUUACUGGCCAUGCUGGGGGGCUCCUUUUGCUUCUCGCUGAUGGCCCUGGUGGCGACGGAGCUCGGGUCCGGACGUGCAUCCAAGCACAAGUUUGAACCUUUCGAGUUGGUCUUCUGGCGGUCGCUCUUCAUGUUGGCAAUCACCAUGUCUAGCACGCUGUCGAAGGGGCUGAACCCUCUGGGCCCAGCCUGUGCUCGCACUCGUGCUAUCCUGGUGUUUCGUGGUCUGUGUGGGGUGGCUUUCAUGGCCACCUACUACUACUCCCUAGCCGUACUUCCAAUGAGUGAUGCAGUCGUGCUUACAUACACCAGCCCGAUGCUGACAGCACUGGCUGCCACAGUCUUCCUUGGAGAAACUUGGCAUAGUUUGGACUUCUUUGGCUCAGGCCUUUGCCUUGCUGGAGUAAUGAUGAUCAGUAAGCCACCGGCACUCUUCCACAUCCUCGGGCUGAAAGAGGAAAAUGUGGAUCUGCCACCCCUGGGCCUGGCAGCUGCCUGCUGCGCAGCAGUCAGUGCUACCUGUGUAUACGUCAUCAUUCGUGUCCUCAAGGACAAAGACGUGCAUUCCCUUGUGUUCGUGAAUUAUCUUGCCAUGGCCGCGGUUGUAACAGCUCCCAUCAUGGGCCUCGGGCCAUUUAAAGAAACUUGGGCCGUCCCCUCCUUAUGGGCUAUAGUGCUUCUGGUGGCGUUGGCUACGCUUGCUUCCGUCGGCGAGACGAUGCUGGCUUUCGGCCUCAAGGUGGAAACUGCUGCCAAAGCAACCUCCAUGAACUACCUGCAAGUGGUUUUUGCUUUCAUAUUCCAGCGGACACUACUGCAUGAGUCCAGCAGCGACUUCCAGAGUAAAAUCGGGGCUCUGAUGAUCUCUCUUUGGGGUAUUGUGGCCCUGGCAAAGGAGGCGAUCUCCCAAUCAUCUUUGCCCAACAAGGAGGUUGAGCAGCCACUGCUUGAAAAGUCUAAAGAGCCGAUGACCCUGUCCACUGGACUGUUGGCCAUGAUCGUCGGGGCCUUCUUCUUCUCCUUGAUGGCUCUGCUGGUGAAGCUCCUGAGCGGCUUUGGGACUUACGAGCUCGUGUUCUGGAGAUCUGUGUUUAUGUUCAUCGGAACCAUGUCCAUGCUGAUCGCGAAGAGGAUAAACCCUUUGGGGCCGCCAGGGAGCCGUGUGUUGCUUUGGGUGCGUGCUGCCGCAGGCUUCGGCUUCAUGAGUGGAUACUACUAUGCCAUCCAGCACUUGCCCUUGAGUGAUGCGGUGGUCAUCACCUAUACCAGCCCGGUCAUCACGGCCGUGGCAGCGGCACUGCUGCUGGGAGAGGCCUGGGGCCGGCUGGAUGCCUUGGGCAGCGUCCUUUGCAUGGUGGGUGUUGUGUUGAUCAGCAAGCCUAGCUUCGUGAUGACCUUCUUCGGUGCGGAGCCCAAGCCGAUGAACCUGAAGGGCUUACUAGGGGCUGCCAUCGCUGCCGUGAUGAGCUCUGUAGUGUACUUGCUUGUUCGGGUGCUCAAGGGGGUGCACCCCAUGGUCUUCGUGAAUUACUUUGCCGCAGCAGGAAUCGUUCUCGGGCCAAUCUUGAGCAUUGCGGCUGGGGAGACGUGGUCAUGGCACACCCAGAAAGACUGGCCCCUCUUGGUCCUGCUGGCCAUUUUCUCGAUCGUCGGCCAGGCCUUGAUGAACCUGGGGCUCACGCUCGAAACCGCAGCGAAGGCAACUGCCAUGAACUAUUCCCAGGUAGUCUUCGCUUUUAUCUUUCAAACGACACUGUUGCACGAAGCCACAGAUCCGCUAAGCGUAGCUGGUUCUGUGAUGAUUGCGACCUGGGGACUCAUCGCCCUCGUGAAAGACUCCCAGCCAAAGGUGGCGCCAGACGUGGAGCAGAAUCAAGUCAAUGAGGCUACGACGGAUGGUGGAACUUGUCUUCAUGACAUGGAUUUUGCCGAAAGAGCAGAGCUCGUUGCAGGUAGCUUGGAGCGGUCUGAGCUCGGGGCGGAGGCAACUGCAGAGGUUCGCCGAUGGCUCCUGGGCCACACCUCCGGGCAGCAAUGCUCGCAGGUGAUUCUCGAUCGAGCGCUGACGGUUCUUUCGAAUUUCAAGCUGGCCAGUGGAUGUGAGUUGGAAGUCUUGGGAGGACCUCUCGGGGCGCUUGUUGGCGGGUACAGUGAUGCGGACUGGCUUUUCAGCGAGGUCUUUAAAAAGCACCCGUCCGAUGCCAUCCGCGAGUCCUUCGCCCUACUGGGCUUCCGGAACCGCUUCGAUGGUGACUGGUCAAGCACCUCGGUCGAGGAGAUCUCGCUUGUCUAUCGGCGGAUGUGCCUUCGCGGGCAUCCCAGCCGAGGAGGAUCGCCGAAGGAUUACCUGAAGCUGCAGGUAGCCAUGGAGCUCAUCAAGGCCUUCUGUGGAGAUGCCGGCCCAUUACAGGUGGACCGGCGAAUUCAAGCGCCUGCUUGCUUGCCUGAAGGGCCAGAUGCUGGGACGGCCGAAGCUAGCCAUUUUGUGCUCAGCGACCUGUCCCUGGCUCGGGAGCUGCAGCUGAGCGCCGCGGAGGCCUCGAAGGAGGCAUCGCAGCUCAGUGCUGAGCACUUAGAGGAGAUGAACCGGGCGCUAGACGAAUACAUCCUGAGGCAAAUGUGCUUCAAGAGUGAGAUUGUGGAUGAAAUUGCACGUCUCCACGAGGACUCUGCCUACGCGAUCUUGGGCGUUUCCUCCAGUGCGACUGAUGCCGAGAUCAAGAAGGCCUACCGACUCAUCGCCAUGCAGUGCCACCCUGACAAGGGCGGCGACAAAGAGGAUUUCCAGGAAUUGACCAACGCCUACGAAAAAAUCAUGGAGCAGCGACGCUCGGCCGACGACAGGGGCUUCAAGGAGCACGGCCACGAAAACAGCGAGGGCGAGGACAAAGCGCAGAGUGGCGGAAAGCUCCCGUCGCGUCUUUUUCCUGCGCUGCGAGGAGAGUUCCACUUGCACCUCCGAGGCGCUCCGGUUUUCUUGAGGCCGAUGGUGACACGGCCAGAGAAGCAAAAAGAGCUGCCCAGGAGGGUGGAGAAAGUUCAUCUAGAGCUCAGUCUUCGCAUCAUGCAAAUUUUCUUGGAGGGUUUUGUGAAGCUUGAGUCUUCAGUGGCUGAUUAUCGUGAGGAGGAUACAACGCUCCUGGAGAAGGCCGCGGAGGAAGCCUCCCGCUAUGCCAAGACGGCAGCCGAAUUUGCGCAUCAGGCAGCAGAGGCUGCAGAAGCUGCGCGACGGGACCAGGAGCAGGGAGGUCGCGAGACUCUGAUCAAGUCAGUAGCUCACUCAGCCAUCGUCUACACCCUCACGGUGGUCAAGGCUGUCCGUGCCGUCGGCUAUGCCACUCUGGAUGUGGCGGCGCAGUGCCGUGCAGCCGCCAAGCGAAACCCUGACGCCGUCAGCUGCGCAGAGCAUGCGGUAAGCGCAAUGAGCCUUGGCCUGGAGGCCCUGAACUCGGCGCUCUCCUGUGCAGAGGAUCUUGAAGCUGGAUACUUCAACUCGCGGAUCUCCGCAGGUGACGGAAAUCACGGCUGCGGAGCUGCAGAUUUGCCGUUGUUCCCCAGCCACUCGCCUUGUCGAGCCAUGGCUCUCUUCUGGGUGUGCGCAUUUGCUGCUGCGCUUGCGUCAGCAGCCGAGGAGCAGCCGCAGCUCCGGCUCCGAGGAAGCAACGCAACUUUUCUCACCUCGGCCGUGAAGAAGGCCUCCUCUUCGGCACACCUUGCGUGGAUGCCAGACUUGUCGUUCUGCCUCUCUAGCGAUGGAAACCGCAUCAGCAAUGGUGUCAAGGUGCAACUCUGGCAGUGUGAUAACAAGUUUCACAGCACCGGGCAGAACUUCUUCCUGGAUGACUCUGGGCGAAUCAGGAUGCAUCUUAAUCCAGACUAUUGCCUCGUGAUCGACGGCGACAAGUACGAGAACGGAGCGAAAAUUCAGCUGUGGAAAUGCAACGACGGCAACAAGCACCAGACCUGGUACUUCAAUGAUGCCGGACAGAUCCAGACCCGGAACUCCCCGACACAGAUGUGCUUGGUGAUCGACAGCAACCAGGCCUUCAAUGGGGCGAAGAUCCAGCUGUGGUCUUGCCAGCGGCCUUCUGACAAGCUCCAGGACUGGGUGAAAAUCGCCUUGAACCCUUCCGGGUCUCGGGCCUACGCGCUCCCCGACGAGGACAGGGCGUGCAAGUUUCCUUUCGAGCCCGUGGCCUUAGACACAGCCGCCUGUGUGGAGGCCGCUGAGGCAAUCCGCCCAGGACAGGGAUGUCACUGGGGAGGUGGCUGGGCAGACGUCGUCUCCGAAGUGAGCUACUCUGACUGGCCUCAGGGAUGCUACUUUUAUGCCGCGUGCCAGGGCGGCUGCUCUCUUGGAUUCAACCCCACUGGCCAGGGCAGCAGCUGUCCGACACAGGGUGAGUGCAUGAGCAUCAGCAUGAUCUGCCAGAUGCACCGCAGGGCGAUGGCCGCUCCGCCGAGCGAUUUGCAGGCUACCAGCGUGAAAGGAGACACCUCGGACUCCACGGAGUCUUCCUCCAACGCUUCAUCCAUGCCGUCUCUUCUUCAAGAGGCUCGACGCUCCCUGCGAGUUUUAGCCGCCAAGCUGGUUGUCAUCGACCACCCGCCGCAUGAGCAGAAGGAUCUUUUAGUGGGCAUCUCGUGCUUGGCGCUGGCAACACCGGCGAUUCCGGCAUACUGUGCCGGAGACUUGCGCACUGUUCUCCUCACCGUAGGCAUGACCAUCACGUCACUGAACGCAGACUAUCUUUAUCUCGGCACUGUCUGGAACGUCAUCGAUCGUUGGUGUGCCCUUGGCUAUUCGUUUUACUUGUACUGGUUGGCCUUUCCGCAUUUGCCACUGCUGUCCACCUUGAAUGUCAUUCCUCUGGUCGGUUUUCUUGGUUACUCGAGGAGCUCUUCGACAAAGGAGGAAUGGUCCUUUCGGCAUUCCCUUUGGCACCUCUUCCUGGCUGUGGACAUGCCCUUCUUCCUCGUGUUCGGGGCAUACUCCGAUCACUUCUUCAGGAUCAUGUGGAUGGAUCUGGGACUGUUCGAGGGGGUUUGCUGCAUGCUCGCUGGCAAAUGCUGGACGAAGGCAGACCUGGAUCCGGGGGCGGACGAGGCGACGGAGGCGGGCGAGGCGUGCGACGAGACGGAGGCGGCCAAUGCAGCGCUGCAGCACAGGCCUCUGAAGCGCGAAAGGCGGCUCGUUGCUCAGAGAAACAACAACCACAAGGUUCUACAAAGGUUGAAUGCCGAGAUCCUGGGCCACCAGCGGAAUGCGCCCUGA